AAUUCAAUCACUUUCGGGCUUUACUAUCGCCGUUUAACAUUAGUCGGAUAUUAAUUUGAAGACAAAUCAAAACGACAUGAAGCCGGUCUCGUGGAGACCGAGUUCAACAUUUUUGUCUAUCUUUGAAUGGAAACAAAAUUUGCACACGCGGUGAUAAGAAAAAGAUAGGCUCCGAAUAGCGAUAGGGAUAGCGUUUAGCGGCGCGCUGUUUCCGGAACACGGUUUCGGUGAACACGAUUGAUAGCUUUAUCGGAAUCGCCGCGUGUCCGGUGUGUCUGAAGAGGAAAGUAUCGGGAAAAAAUAUGCAGCUACUUUCCAGUUUCAUGGGUCGCCAGACGAAGCGAAGAGCUUCCUUAAAAAAAGGAAAGCGCGAAUUCACCGGAGGCGGGAAUCCUGUUGGUAAUUGGCCGUCUUCAACGGGGGGUCCGGUUAGACCCCUUAACAAUACCGUUUGCGGCAGCGGUGCGGCGGGAGAUACCAACAUGACAUCCGAUGAUCCCGCGCCCGACGAAGAAUUCGCCCUAGCUGUCGCGCAAAAAGCACAGAGAGAUGCAGAAGCAAUCCGUACCGCUCUGUAUCUCGGAGUGGCACUUGCAAUCACCUGGAUAAUAGGAGCGGUGGGACUGUCAUUGGCGUGGCUGAUUCUGGUCCUGGCAUUGGCAGCGACGAUCGUUAAGGCAAGAGUGUCUCGGCUUCUUCAGACGGAAUUGCAACACGAAUUGGCGAGAUUACGUAGGAGAAGGGCUUUGUACAAAGAUGAGACCGCUGAAUGGCUCAGUUUACUCCUCAAUAAGUGGUGGAGAUUCAGCGCUGCUAGUAUUUUUUCCUUAGCGAAAGAACGAUUGGAACCUCUCCUUAAUGAAGCUAAACCAAGCAUUCUAGGUCCAUUAGAAUUACGUGAACUCACUCUCGGCGAACAAACACCGUGCAUCACUCGCGUGAGAACACUCGAUUGCUGCAACGACGAUGACCUUCCCAAUGGACACUAUGCCGGCCAGACUAAAUUAUCCAUCGAAGCUGAUGUUCGACUGGACUGCGAGCAGUUCCGCAUGCUCAUCACUACGCGGUUGUUUGGUAAAGGCGUGGGGAUGGACAUCGAUUUGGCGGUGGAGAAGCUGUCGCUAUCGGGCACGAUCGUAAUCGAUUUAACAUUAAAUGCGUCGGCGCCAUUUCCACACACGACCGGGCUUAGCGUGAGUUUCCUAGAAAAACCGGAUGUCUGGUUCAGCGUAAGAAUCCUGCGAGCGGUGCAAAUGAUGGAGAUGCCGUUGAUCAAGACCUGGAUACACGCGGUAGUCACUGAUGCCCUGGCCAGUUGGCUGGUCGACCCGGGUCAUCUGGAGAUAAACCUGAGAGCGCGCGACCGACCGGGUCCUGGAUUGGAUUCGGUGAACAAUUCUGUGCCGCAAGGAGUGCUCACCGUUGUUCUGUGCCAGAAUGGUUAUCCUGCAAACGUUGCCGAUGAGGUGAGAUGGCUCGUGGUAACAGUAGGUGAUCAAAGGCGAAUCACCUCGAAUUUGAGCUGCAUGUGGACUGAAAAUGUAUCUUUCUUAGUCGGAUCAUUGGACAAUGAGAGGAUCACUAUCAAAUUGAAAACAAAGCGGCUCGUUAGUACCAUCACUUUAGCGCAAUUUGAAUUAGCGUUAGGAGUCUACGAUUGGGAGAACUCGCAGAUUGUUGAGACCGUGUUACAACAGAAGAAACCAUCCCGUAAUAGCGUUAAUAUUCCGAACAUUAAUGCGCGAUUAGAAUACACUGCUCUUCCACAUUUGGAUCCUGAGUUACCGCAACCAGAACUAAUAGCCGAUAAUAUGCAUCUUGCAGGAGUAUUGGUGGUUUACAUUCAUUCUGCUGACAACCUCAAUGGUGAUGUUGCACAGUGUAAUCCUUAUUGCAUGUUAUUCAACAAUCGAAAAAAAAUCAAAACGACGCAUUAUAUUCGUUCAACCACAUCUCCGGUUUGGGACUGCAGAGCACAAAUUUUGGUUCAGGAUUAUACUCAAGUAUCGCUGAGUUUUGUCAUUUAUUCAUGGAAUAUAGCGAAAUCGAUGGAUACGGACAUGCUUGGAUUAGCAAUGCUAUCUCUAGCUCAGGAUACAACAUGGAUCGUCAGAAAAGAACUUACGCUCAGUGGCUCCAACGUGGCUUCUUCCAUGACGGUCUCCGUUCUUUUUUAUCCUGUCAAAAACAUACAACAAGUGGUUAGCAGUCGCAGAAGCAGCUUAGUUCCGACCAUGCUGGACGACGAACCGAAAAUAAAACGAAACAGUCUGCCAUGGAUGCAACAGGCUAAGUUACUAUUAACACAUAAGGACAUUGAUCCCGCUUCCUCCGAUAUAUCGAGUUUAUUAUCCACCGGAAGUGGUUUGAUGGAAGUGACGCUAUUGCGUGCGAAGGAUCUCGUUGCCAAGGACCUAAACGGUUUCAGCGAUCCUUUUUGCGAAUUGAAACUAAACAACGAGACAAAGUACAAGAGUAGCAUAAAAAAGAAGACGCUGAAUCCUUGCUGGGACGAGAGUUCCAUCAUGGGUUUGCCAAAGACCGGGGAAGCUUUAGAUAUCGUAUUAUGGGAUCAUGAUACUUUCGGCAUGAAGGACUAUCUUGGGAAAGUAUCAUUGACUCUCGAUGAUAUCAGAAAGCUGUCAAACAGCGAUCAAUCUCAUUGGUUUCCGCUCAGGGGAACCAAAACGGGAUCUAUAGAGCUGAAAAUUAAAGUCUUAUCGGAAGAAUGCGAGGUAAUGCGGUUAUAUGCGAAAACACAAAGUACGUAUGCAACCAGCAAUGUCAGCGACAAUUCUUCUCGUUUAAAUACCGAGCCUGACUCCUUAACGAGUAUUGUACGAAGGCCUUCUAUGGAGAAGUCUAAAAUACGUCUGCACUUGGACCCAGUCAUACCGCCACCGCCUCCACCACGCACUGUCACUCUUUUAAAGCCGACUACAUCUAAUCAAUCCGAUAAGAUUAGUAUCACCAGUAAGGAGUCCAACGAAAUAAACGGAACGUCGAGUUUCUGGACUCCGAAAAUUAUCGCGGAGUCUACCACUAUUUCCGUCGAUGAGGCUGACACCUCCAAAGAGAUCGCAGAGAGACGUUCCUCUCAUCACAGUUUGACUCCCAGCCCUGAACAGAACUUUGGCAAAAAGUUACCACAGUACAACAGCUUUCGCAUAAUGAAACAGAAGGUGAAGAGAGGUUUAAAACUUCGUAGAUUCCGUUCAGAAGUAACUAUAGAAGAUAAGAACGAUAGCAAGGGCAUCACGUUGAGUUUGGAACCCCGAGGUGGCGGAGAGGCCGACGCCACGGAACUCCUCUCAGAAUCCGGUCUGGCGCACGCAGUAUCGCAACCAGAUAUGCUGGGCAGAAUAAGGCAGCCCAGUCCACGCUUGAGAUUAAGACCUAAUGAUUUAAAAAUUGUCAAUGGCACUAGAGAGAAGUAUUCCGGGGUGGAAGGGAAAGUUCUUCAAGCGCAGGGUCUCCAUGUAGCGCACAUUGCCCAAUUAUACUGUCGAGUGAAACUUCAAAUGUGCGCCAGUCCGGAUAAGAUCGUGUCACCUAAUGGCGGGAAGACCAUCGCGAAAUCGCGGCUACUGCCGGCUAUGCCGAAUCCUCAGUUUAGCAUAGAUUUCCAUAUAGACGGCGACGGCGUACCGAGGCAAGCUUUGCUGAUAUUUGAGAUCAGGAGUGCUAGCAAAGAAUUGCUGGCUAGUCGGCGUAUAACUUUACACGAAUUGCUAGGAGUGUCCGCAGCUAGCGAUGAGAUUCACACAUGGUUAGCGCUGAAUAAUGGCGCUUCAUUGGAAGUACAAAUUGCUCACGGAAAGGAGCUUAAGAAUAAGUCGGCGAAAAAGUUGUUUCGUUCUUGGUCGGUACAUCGGAUAGGGAAAAUAUGAGAUUUAAGGAAAAUCAGCUGCUGUUGUACAUCCAUUUAACACACACUAUAAAAUCUUAUUGUUUUUCAAGGAAAAAUCAAAUUUCAGAAAAAUGGAUUCCGCCAAUAUUUUUUGUAUAAAAGGAAAAAACUGGAAAAAAAAAGUUAAUAUCAAUUAUACAUAUAUGUAUAUCUACCUAAAAGAAAUAUAGAGAAAAAUUCUUGUACAA